GUCUGUCCCGAACCUCAGGUCCGAUGUCAGUCCCCCCGGGUUUUCACCACCUCAGUCUUCCUGGCGGGCGCGGGAGAUCGUGCUCGCGGUUAUCUCCCGCCUCCUCCAGGCCCGCGCCCUGAAGGGCCCCCUUCCGACCCCUCAGGAUUUCCAGGGUCUCCCCUCAACCCACUCCCGCCAAUUGGAGGGACCCCCCUCAUCGGACUGGGCCCUGUUGGGAUGUCCAAACAAAAACGUUCAAUUUCUCCUUUUUCCCCUAUUACCCAGUGACUCAAGUCUCAAGGCCUGGAGUCAAAAGGAGAGAGGGGGAAAAGAAUGCACUUUUUAAUACAAAACCAUGGAUUUAUCCAAACGUAGUCGAUUUUGAAGAACUUGGGAAGAAGAUUUGAGAAUUGAAGAAUUCUUUUUUUGUUUUGGGGUUUUUUUUUCCUGUGCUCCUGAAAAGCUAGUCUUUUAUUCCAACUCCUGGAUGGAAGGCACUCAAAUAAACGCUUACUUUUAUCCCCUUUGUUGCUAUCUCUAAAAGAGAUUCAGAUGCAUUCAUUUUACCUCAGAAAUUACCCAAAAUUUUGAAAAUUAGCAACUUGAUAUUGUGAUAUUUGGUAAUCACUGAAAGACGCCCCUUAUUUUAAGGAAAGGAAUUUAGAAAACUCAAAAAACAAUUUUAACAGGUUAAGUCUAUUUGUAGAAGACCCUGGAUCUUAAAUCUCCCUGUGAAGUUCUAGAGAUUGGUGGCUUUAAGAACGGAUAUUUUUUGAUUGCUUAAUUCCAGUUGUCUUUACUACCUUGCUCCUCAAGACCUUCAAGAGAAUAUUUACUGUCCCUCUGGACUUUUUUUUCCCUGUUUACAAGUUUGAGGAAAUGAAAUGAAAAAAUGUAUUAUAUUCAAAUGCUUCUGAAAGUAGUCUUUUCUAAGAUUUUCUCUUAGGGAUUAUGGCUGAUUUGCAGUUUAUGGCGGCAAGCCUUGGGGCUCUCUGAAAUUCUUAAGGAAUAGCCAUGGCUCUCACGUUGGGCACAUGCUGGUUAUCUUGCAGGUUGUAAAGAAGAAAGUUCUACUCUCUCUGUUAAGAUGAAGUGUGAUUUUAAUUAUAACCGUGUUCAUUCUGAAGUUAAACCUGUAAAACCUGAUGACAGUCGAAGACAAGGUUCCUGCACUCCUGCAUAUUUGGAAGAUUCUUACAAAGGCCGCACUAAAGACUAUGAAAGGUUAUCAGAUAUUGGGUCACCAAUUGUGAGCCCCAGGAUUGUAGAACUUGAAACUGAAAACAAGCCCUUGCAUAAUAAGGAAAAUCAGCAUGUGCAACAGACACUUAAUAGUUCAAAUGACGCAGAAGAACUAGAGACCGGUGGCCCUUAUGAAGACAGUGGCUACUCUUCAUUUUCACAACAAAGUGGCCUCAGUGAACAUGAAGACAGUAGCCUUCCCCUGGUGGAAAAUUUCAGUGACAGUCCGCAGUCUUGCCUGCCACAGACGCAAAGCCCAGACCACUAUCCCAACAAAAACUUGCUGCCCGCUCUUCAUUUUGCAAAAGUGGUUUGUUCAACAUUAAAAAAAAAUUCUAAGCGAAAUCCUAAAAUAGACCGGGAGAAGCUGAAAGAAUUUAUAUCCAGUGGAAAUUUCAGAUUACAGAAUAUAAUUGGCAGGAAAAUGGGCCUAGAAUGUGUAGAUAUUCUCAGUGAACUCUUUCGAAGGGGACUCAGACAUCUCUUAGCAAAUAUUUUAACACAGCUCAGUGAUAUGGACUUAAUCAAUGUGUCUAAGGUGAGCACAACUUGGAAGAAGAUUCUAGAAGAUGAUAAGGGGGCAUUGCAAUUGUACAAUAAAGCAAUACAAAGAAUUACUGAAAAGAACAUUAAGUUUUCACCACAUGCUUCAACCAGAGAAUAUGUUUUAUUCAGAACUGCAUUAGCGUCUGUGCAAAAAUCAGCAACCCAGACUCUCCCCAAAAAAGAUGCUCGAACCAAGUUACCUGAUCCAGGUGAUCAGAAAGGUUCUACUUAUAGUCGACACAGUGAAUUCUCUGAGGUUGCCAAGACUUUGAAAAAGAACGAAAGCCUCAAAGCCUGUGUUCGCUGUAAUUCACCUGCAAAAUAUGAUUGCUAUUUACAACGGGCAACCUGUAAACGGGAAGGCUGUGGAUUUGAUUAUUGUACAAGGUGCCUAUGUAAUUAUCACACCACCAAAGACUGUUCAAAUGGCAAGCCCCUAAAAGCCAGUUAUAAAAUGGGUCCUCUACCUGGCACUAAGAAAAGCAAGAAGAAUUUACGAAGAUUGUGAUCUCUUAUGAAAUCAAUUGUAACUGAUCAUGAAGGUUAGUUAGAAAAAUGUUAGAUUUUAA